UGACGUAAGUUGCUUGCCGCGCAGUGAUGAUGGCGGUGCGUGAACGCGCAGUAAAAGUAAUGGCUGCUCUGGAUCGGCGGGUGCCUAGCCUCGAUGAUUUCGUGGGUCAAAGCUGGACUGCCUGGGCCGAUUGGACCGGUGUGACAGCGGCGGAUGGGCCUGAUGUGGACGACUGCAGCAAGAAUGGCAAAAAGGCUGCAGAGGCCAUGUCACUCAGUAAGGAGGACAUGUCCAUCUUUGGCCUCUACCCUGGCCAUGAUGACUUCUACCUGGUGGUGUGCAGCCAUUGUGGCCAAGUAGUGAAGCCGCAGGCAUUCGAAAAGCACUGCGAGCGGAGACAUGGCCCUCUGGCCAAGCUGUACGCCAGACUGCGCUCUCCCACCCCUGCACCGCAGCCCCAGCAGAGGCCCCACCACGGCCACUCUCCUUCCCAUGGGACCAACGCUGCUUCCGCAUCAUCCUGGGAGGGUCGUGGCCAAGGGGUCGGGCAGCCAAGGGCAGCCCCACCUUCGCCUUCCACCCCACCCCAGUACAGACACUCCAAGAACUCCAAGGAUGGAGUACGACAUGCCCCGCUGGAGAAGUCCUCCCACAGCAGCCACACAGAGUCAUCAGUAUUCAAGCAGCCGCCGCCUCUGGAGCCUCCAAUGAGCUCUCCACCUCCAUCACUCAGAGAUCCACCCUGGCCACACGGAGGCACCCCGCCGGGUAGGCCUUCACCUAGUGAUAGGCCCCCCACCCAGAGCCAGAGGAAGGACUCCUCUCUAGCCUCUACAGUGCCAGGCCACCGGAUCCCCAGACCCUACAACAAAGUGGCCUCCAAGAGGGAGUGUGACUUGGACAAACACUGCGGCGUCCUUGACCCUGACAGGAAGAAAGUCUGCACUCGCCUCCUGACGUGCAAUAUGCUUUCAGACAGCGAGACGUUGCUGCUGGCACCUCCCAUUGUUUCCAAGAUCCACUCCAUCCACCAACGGAGGAAGGUGGUGGGCCGCAGCAAGAACUUUGACCAGCUAGUUGCAGAACUCAAGACCAAGGUUCGUGAGAAAGGGGCCCUAACCAUGGAGGGAGGGUCCUCCACUGGACGGUCGCCCAGCCCAGAGGCCCCCAGGGAGCAGGCUGGGGCUCCACACUGCAGGAGACCUCUGGCCAGCCUCCCUGCUUUCAGUCGGUCUACAGCUGUGUCAGAGAGCACCCCUGAGGAGGAGAAGCAGCGACAGGAUGAGGGAAGUCUCCGAGUCCCCUCACCUCUCGUCCAUGGACGAAUUUCCAGUGAUGAAAGUGAGGCAGAAGGACCGGAAGAGCCCGUUGACUUCCCAUUUUCUGCUGCACCUCCCAGACCACUAGCGGUAUGUUCAUUUGGCAGCCAUGCGUUGGGUCAUGGCAUCUACACGUUUGACAGGAGACUUCAUCACCUGAGGUCGGCUCUCAGCAGCAUGCUGGAGCAGCACAUCAGCGCCCAUCUUUGGAAGAAAAUACCUCAAGCCACAGACCUUCAAUCAUCAUCUCCCUCAGCCAAGACCAUCAGGUCCUCAUCUCCCUCCUCCAUAUCUGCCACUUCCUCCUCUUCAUUACAUUCUAAGGUCCGCACAGGAAGUCAUAUCAGCUCCUCCCUCAAAACUGCAUCUUCCUCCUCCUCUUCCAGUCGUGGUCCAGGAGACCUCCGACAACUACAAUCAGAGAACUCCGGGGGCAGUGGCAGCAGCAUUGGUGGUGGCCAUCUGGCAUCUCCGUUUAAGCCUGUGGCGAUGCGUCAGGCGGGUCCCGGGCGACCCAAGAACCCUGUGGGGCGUCCCAGCAAGCAGAUGCUGAAGCUGCGAGAGGAGGCUGCUGCCGCCGCUGCCCUUCGCAAACGCAAAGCCCCGUCACAGGAAGGGGAGCACUCAGGCCCUGACAGGAACUGCAUCAUCCUCCAAGACCGUGGCCGCCCACCUUCUGCUGCCUCCUCCUCAUCUUCCUCCUCUAAACCCUCCAUUCCCUUGCCUCUCCCUCAUGGACAGACCAAUGGCACGCUUUCCCCCAGCAGCAAACCCCGCCCCCACCCCUCCCCGUCAGAGUCCCACUCGCCAGCCGCCAAGGCAGUCUGGACCUACAGACGGACACACACUCCUCUGGGCCAUUCAUCACCCCCAGACCCCUCCUCUGCCACCAACAACUCCCACAGCUGGGGCGGCGUGGGGGACUCAGGACUGCACGGGCAGGGCAGCGGGAGGGGCUUUGAGCACCAGGGCCUGGUGAAGAAACGCAAGGGUGGCGGCAUGGAAGAGCACUCGCCCUCCUCCAAACCCUCAGCGCACCGCCUGCCCUCCUCCUCUUCCAGCUCUGCCACCUCCUCCUCUCCGCGCUCUAACUUCUACCCCUGGAAGGACAGUAAAGGUGGGGGGCUGGCUGGGGGCGUAGAGAAGAAACUGGGCACACAGAAGCCAAAACUGCACCAUUAAGUGUGCCUGCCUUACAAGCCACUAUGAGGGAGCCAGCUCUGCUCAGUCCAAGACUGAGGCAACAGGACUUGUGUGUGUGUGUGUUUGCGUGCGUCUGUCUACCUGGCUUUUGUCUAUUGGGCAAAUGCUCAAGUAUGAGUGUGUCAGGUUGUUUGUAUGUGCAGAGUUAGUGCAGUAUGGAUCUGUUAGUGUGUGAAUCUGUUGCCUGGAUGAAUGUCUGAGGGAGGAGUGGGAGGGUGGGAUGAAAUUCAGAGUAUGGAUUUAGAAAUACCUCAAGACCAUCCGGUUAUGCUGCUAAAUUAAAUAUGUUGGUUUAUAAAAAUGGAUUAAAAUGUCCUUUACACUUGG